UGUACUGUGCGGACGUGUUUGUGCGUAGCUCGUCGCGCGUCGGACCAUCGUUACAUCGUGGCAGUAAUUGCGGUUUGCGGCUUAUGUUGAAUGGGAUAUUUGGAUUAUUUCGGUGUUGUUUUUGUUUUUGGUUCUGUGCCUGCGUGAAAUGCGGUUUUCAAGUCCUUUUUGGACGAACGCUACCUUGAGUCACCCCGUGUUGUUCUGGUGACGGUUGGAGAGUGGUUUACGGUGUACAUCCUUUUGUAUGCAAUGCGAAAUUGCUUAGUCUGGGUACUAUUUAAAUAGACCGUGCGUCUCGGCGCGCACUUAAACGGAUCGUUCAGACGGUUUGUCUUGUGUCGUGUCCAGAGUGUACCGAAAUACACAAUACGGUGUAAAUAUGUCAACGCCUUUUUGUACCGCACCGCCGCGAAUGACAGCAUUGCUUUCUCAUUCAAUCAGCCGUACGGCAGUGCCAAUCAGUGAGUUGCGUUCAGAUUGAAGGAAAAUAAAAAUAAAUGCUGUUCUUAACCGCAGAUUAAAUCAUUUUGGUGCAGUGAUUGCGCCCGAAAUAAGUGGCGGUAAAUUUAAAUGGCUGAAAGGUGUUGUGCGGAAAAUGGCCUUCUGGGUGUUUGGCCUUACUUUACACGUAGCGCGAAAGUUUUGUGUGAAAUCUUAAUGCCUUGAUGAGUGGUCCUGAAUACUGGAGGGAAUAUACUACAAAAAAUAUUAAUUUUACUUGGUUGGUGUGGUGGCAGAAAAAUUGCCUAAAUAUUCAAAAGUGAAAGAAAUCCAUGAUACAUAAAGUGAUUAACGGUUUUGAAACGCACUUUUAUUUUUUCACUUGAUAUUGUGUCCUUUUGGACCUUAAGUGUCGACACGAAAGUUGUUGAAGAGUGUCAGUUCAGAGUGCGCUUUAAAAUUCCAUAAACAGCCGACACGGAGACCUUGUCCUGCAUGCUGGAAUUUUGUUUUUUGUUUUUUAUAGGUGUCUCGAAACGUCGGUCGAUAUCCCACUGACCCUUGUCGGACCAGCGGAAUAACCAGCAUCGGUGGGGGAAUAGUUUUCCUGGUUUCAAAUGCUAAUUCAGCUCUAAUCGUUGCGGGCUCUUGAACAUACGCCCGGCCGAGGUCAACCUAAGCGGUGAUAAAAGCAGGCUUUUUGCUUUUCCAGGAGGCCAAAGUUCCAGUGCAGAAACAAGAAACGAAUGGAAGCUCGUCUACGGAAAUAAAGGCAACGUUUGCAUAAAUCAUGAUAAAGUGAAAACAAAAGAAUAGCAUUUUAGAAGAGUGCGGAAAGGAAUCAAAGUUUAUCAGAAGAAAGAAAAAGGAAGUUCAAUGAUUGGUGAUCUUGUUCAGUGUAUGUUAGUUCGUGAAAACCGAUGAAAUAAAAUAUUCGGAAAACAAUUUGUUCGAUAAGUGAAUUCAACAAAACAAAUAUGUGGUCAAUUAGUGACCUAGUCAUGGCCAUUUUGGGCACGUUCUGUCUACUGGUUGCCACGACUAGCGGGAAAUUAGGUCGGGACGACGUGGAUAUCGACGAGCUACGACGGCUUGACGAUUUGGAUGGAUAUCAACGGGAUGAGGCAUUCUUUGGCGCAGAUAAACAGGAUGAUUCACGGAUUGCUCAACCUUUGCGACACCGCAACGGACGAAUGCGGAUCGGUCAACUUCGGCGAGGUGGCCACAAAACGCGUCACUUCAAACACGAUCUCAAGCUUCUGUCCGGACUAACCUCAUCGACCGCCGUCGAUCCGGAGUACGGCUUUCAAAAGGCCACCGGAUUGUGGCCAUCCUUUUUCAACGUCGCGAUGAGGGCAACUAUUUCGGUGAAUGCGACGUGCGGUCAAAACGGCAAGGAGGAGUACUGUCGCCUGCAGGAUCCACUUAGAUCGCGAUCUUCUCAGUGUGGCAUAUGUGACGCCAACAAUUCCGACCUGGAGAAACGGCACCCAAUCACGAACAUUGUGGACGGAACGAACAGCUGGUGGCAGAGUCCUACCUUGCAUAAAUCAAGCAAAAACGAUCGUGUAACGAUUUCGCUCGAUUUGGGCCAGAUCUACCAGGUUGUGUUUUUCACGUUGCGUGCCGCAAUCUCCCCUUUGCCGGCGUCAUGGGCUCUGGAAAAAUCCACCGACGGCAAGGUCUACGGUGCUUGGCAGUACUUCGCCGCUGACGAUGACGAGUGUCGAGAGCGCUUUGGUUUACCGGCUCACACCGCGAACUAUAUCUUCAAGAACGAUUCGGAGGUGAUCUGCUCGACUCAGUUUUCCUCCGUUGAUCCGCUCGAAACCGGCGAGAUCAACUUGUCGCUGAUAACGGGUCGACCUAGUGAAAAAACCACAUCCCAGGAGCUUUUGAAUUUCACGUUGGCACGUUACAUACGAAUACGCCUGGUGCGUAUGCAUAUGCUGGUGCACCGUGAUGGCGUUAUUGGCGAGGGUGUGGUGGACACACAGGCGCAAGCCAAACGUAGCUUUUACACCAUUCGUUCGCUCCGGAUAGGUGGGAGGUGCUUUUGCUCCGGCCAUGCUGGAAAAUGUAAGGCGAACGAUAACAACAUCGAUAAUAUGCCGCGCUGCGAGUGCAUGCAUAACACAUGCGGAACGCACUGCGAUCGAUGCUGUCCGCUGUAUAACCAGCGACCGUACAGGAUGGGAACACCGUUGAGUGCUCAUAAAUGCGAGAAAUGUGAGUGCAACGGACACUCCAAGGAGUGCUACUACGACCGGGAGGUGGACGAACAGGGACUCAGCAUGAACAUCCGGGGCAAGUUGAGCGGAGGAGGAGUCUGUCUAAACUGUACCAGGUUCACGACCGGGAUCAACUGUGAAAAAUGCUUACCGGGCUAUUUUCGUCCUCUUAAUCGGAUGCCCGAUUCGGAAGAGCCUUGUCUUCCGUGUGAAUGCAGUGAACUAGGUUCAACAGGUGAAUGCAGUCCGUUUGGCGGAGAGUGUGUUUGUAAGGAAGGUUUCACUGGGUUGAAGUGUACGGAAUGUAAACCUGGCUAUCGUGGAGAAGAAUGCACCGUUUGUCCGUGUGAUAUCCGCGGAACCGUUGCCGGAGGCGAAUGUGAUUCCAGCUGUCAGUGUAAGCUACAUGUAGAAGGAGAUCGCUGUGAUCGAUGCUCUCCGGGAUAUUUCUCGCUCGGUAAAAGUAAUCCGGAAGGUUGCAUAAAGUGUUUCUGUUCUGGGAUUGGACAGACGUGUGAGAGCAGCCAACAACUGGCGAAUGUUUACGAAACCCUAGAAGGUUGGAGUGUUACUGAUAUUUCUAAAUCUGUGGUGGCUUAUCCUACCAGAGAUAACGAAACCGGGUUUAUGGUGUUUGGAAUGUUUGAGUUAUCGGAGACUGAAUCGGUUUAUUGGUCGGCACCUCAAUUGUACCUUGGAAAUCGUCUACAAAGUUAUGGUUCAAAGCUAAGUUUUAAAAUGUCCUGGGUCAUAGUUCGUGGUGAUACGAGUGGGAAGCCCACGACGGGUCCCAGUGUUAUUCUGUUUGGUAAGAACGGACUCAAGAUUGCCUACGGAGAUGACACACUCACCGGACAUUCGAAUGCUACCAUUGAUAUUACACUUAAGGAAGAAAAUUGGUAUCAUGUACCGAAGAGCGUUAAGGAUAUUAUCACCAGAUUGAAACGGACUGAAUAUCACGGUGAUCCUGUCACUCGUAUGCAGUUCAUGUCCGUUCUGUCUGAUGUGGAAAGUAUACUGCUGCGAGGCACGUAUCACACGGAUCAGGUGGAAAGUGUUCUCGAGUUGGCGGCGUUGUACACGGGAAGAAGUGCAAGUGAAACGGUAACCGAUCAAAGCUUAGUUGAACAAUGUGAUUGUCCUGUGGGUUACGCUGGUUUGUCGUGUGAGAAGUGUGCCUUCGGUUUCGUGAGAAUCUACGAAAAUACUAUAACUCAUGAGAAUAUUGCACGAUGCAUUCCUUGUACCAUGUGCAAUGGACAUGCCGAGGACUGUAAUCUUGAGACGGGAGAGUGCGGGCUGUGUCAUCAUAAUACGUUCGGUGAUAAUUGUGAGCGCUGCUUGCCCGGGUUUUACGGAAAUGCUUUGGUGGGCAAAUCGGACGACUGCAAAAAGUGUGCUUGUCCUCUGGAAGACGCCAGCAACAAUUUCUCGCCCAGUUGCCAGCUGAAAGGAGCUGUAGGUUUGACUAACAAAUCGGACUACGUCUGUACCCAAUGCCCGGAAGGAUACACAGGUGAUCAUUGUGAAAUAUGUGAUGAUGGCUACUACGGUAAUCCACUGGAGUUGGGUUCCAAGUGCCUUCCCUGUCCUUGCCAUGGUGGACCGUGCAAUGUGAAGACCGGAGAGUGCAUCGAGUGCUUGGGUAACACCGAAGGAUGGCGAUGCGAACGCUGCAAGAGUGGCCACUGGGGUGUUCCGGAUGAAGGCUGUGAACCGUGCAGCUGUUCGUCUGUGGGAGCACUUGAGAAUUUGUGUGACGUCAUCACGGGGCAGUGCAUUUGUAAGCCUCGCUACGGCGGACGGUUGUGUGAUCAGUGUGAAAGUGGUUAUGGAAACUUGGGCCUCGAUUGUCCCGCGUGUGAGUGUCAUACCAACGGUUCUGAAAGCAGCAUUUGUGAUAAGUCAAGUGGCCAGUGUGCGUGUAAAUUAGGUUCCCGAGGGGUGAAGUGUGACCAAUGUGCAGAAGAAUUCUUCGGCUUAUCCGACGAGUAUCCCGGUGGCUGUGAAGCAUGCAAUUGUCACAUUCAGGGCUCAGUGAAACGAAUUUGCAAUCAGCAUAGCGGCCAAUGUGUCUGCAAGCCAUUCGUCGAAGGACGCCAGUGCAACAGGUGCAAAACGGGUUAUUGGAACGUGGACUCCGGUGUCGGCUGUGUUCAGUGUACUUGCGAUUCCAAUGGAAGUGAUCAUCAGGAAUGUGACGCCUACACUGGGCAGUGCUUUUGCAAAAUCGGCGUCGAAGGGACCAACUGCGAUCGGUGUCAGCAGGGCUACUAUGGAUUUUCUAGUCACGGAUGUAAGAGAUGUGAACAAUGCGCUAGUCCAGCGUAUGUUUGCGAUCCCGACACGGGUAGAUGCGUAUGCCCUCCCAACAGUCACGGACACGACUGCCGAUCAUGCGUGGCCAAUACUUGGGGUAACGUGUUCCAACGAGGAUGUCAGCACUGUGAAUGCGACAUCACAGGAUCGAUUGGGCAAUCCUGUAAUGGUGUAACCGGUCAGUGUAACUGUAAAGAAGGCUACACCGGCAGACAGUGCAACGAGUGUGCGAACGGAUACUAUCAGUAUCCGAACUGCCAUCGAUGUGACUGCGAUGAACAAGGAGCGAUUGCGCAGCCUGAUGGUAGUCGCGAUUGUGACGACAACGGGCAGUGCUUGUGUAAAUCAAUGGUUUUUGGGCGUACUUGUGAUCAAUGUAAAUCGGCUACCUUCGGGUUGGCUCUGGGCAACCCGGAUGGCUGUACGAGAUGUUUCUGUUUCGGACGGUCACAGGAUUGUGAACAGAGUGAACUAUCCUGGGGUCAAAUUCGAUUACAAGGAUCAAGAAACCUCAGUGUGGAGUACGUCGCAAAGGAAGAGGAUGACUUCGACUUCGAUUACGUUGUAGUGAUCCAACUGGAUGGAACAAAGACCAACCGAGAAGACGCAGAGAUUAAGAAUAUGAACAAUUUAGAUCUGAUUCCUAGUUCGACGGGAAACGUAUCGAUUGGAGCAUACAGCGCCUUUCAGUAUCCGUUGUAUUUCCAGCUGCCGUCACAAUUUCUAGGCGAUCGUACCACUAGCUACGGAGGAUUACUGAAUUUCAGUCUAGUCACGGUAGGAGCAUACCGGAAUAUCCCCGAAGCUUCCCUCCGGCAGUUUCCUUUGGUGCAGUUCCACACACAUGACGAGCUUGUACUGGACUUUUACGAAGAUGUGAUUGUUUUUGAUCAGAAAGUGGUUCAGCAUUCUGCAAGAAUGCACGAAAGCCUUUGGAAGAAUCACUACGACGGACAACCGAUCACGCGAGCAAUUCUAAUGGUUGCGCUGCAAAAUGUACGACACAUUUUUGUUCGGGGAACCAUUGCCGAAGAUUUCCGGCAAGUUGUGUUGACCAACGUAACACUGGAUGCUGGAAUUUUUGUAGCAGGAGCCGAGAACAAUCGUGCCUUUGGCAUUGAACGGUGCAUUUGUCCGGCACAGUAUACUGGAUUGUCGUGUCAAGAUCCUGGAGCUGGGCACUAUCGGUUUAAGCCUCGCUUACCGAAUAAGGUUGCAGAAACGAUAGAUGAUUACGUCGGUAAGGUACUGCCCUGUGAUUGCAAUAGCCGAAGCAGUGAGUGUCAUCCAGAGACGGGAGUUUGUUUGAAUUGUCGCAACAACACUGGUGGAGACUACUGUCAGAUUUGUGCCGAAGGUUUCUACGGAGAUCCAAACUAUGGUACGUGCGAACCGUGUCCUUGUCCGGAAACGAGAAAGAACUUUGCCAGAGGAUGUACGGUGCGUGAUAAUGAAGUCAGCUGUAUUUGCAAACCUGGUUAUACUGGGACCCUAUGCGAGUCAUGUGCCAAGGGUUAUUAUGGAUCACCUCAUUUAGAGGACGGUCAAUGUGAAUUUUGUGAGUGUAACCGAGAGGGUAGCUUUUCAGAGGAAUGUGAUGCUCGAUCGGGACAGUGCCGUUGUAAGCCUGGUAUUACAGGACGUAAAUGUGAUCGCUGUGAGUUACCGAAGCAUAUCGUUCAGAACUACAAGUGUAAACCCUGUGACAACUGUACGGUUAUCUUGAUAGACGAUCUGAAUGACUUAACUAUCCGCUUGCAAGAGGAAACCGCGCAUAUUGACCAGAACGGUAUACCGGCUCCGUGGAUUGAGUUAGAAUUGUACGAGAAUGAAUCGGAAACGCUUGGUACAGCCGUUGGACACUUGCUGGAUGUGAAGGAUCGAAUUGUCAAUUUUGACAAUUCUAUACUGGAUAAUUUGAAACGCAAUGCGACUCGAUUGAACAAGCGUCUAAACAAACUGUCCAACCGGGCCGAUGAAUUCCGGGACAUGACGGUGAUCAAGGCUCUGGAACGCUCGGCCUUACUAGCGAACGACAUCCGCGAUACAAGAGAUGGAAUCGACCAAACGAUCAGCGUCCUGAAAAACUACGGUUCCGGUGAUCAACAUAUCAAACUGCCACUCGCAAUACAGGAAGCAACCGAUUUGCUGGCGGACAUCAAAUUUAAGUACGGCUUGAGUCGUCCCAAGUCUGAGGUGUUGCAGUGUGCCAUGCGACAGUUCGAUUACUGGUCCAACUUUUCGGAAGUAGUAGACCGGCAAAACAGUCGGCUAGGCGAUCUGAAGUAUGAAUUUACGAUAUUUCAAAAUAGAAUGGAUGACUUCGAUCGGUUGAACCGCGAAGUGUUCAAUAAUGCAACAUUGACGGAAAGUUUUACGACUAAAAAUAAAAGAAAAUUAGCUGAAUUGGAACAGAACUUCGAACGUUCGGCGGAAUUAGCCAAAGAAGUAGAGGACUUUUUAGAUUAUAACAUUUUAGCGGAGAGCUCCGUGCAGAUUGAGCGAAUCAAGGAUAACUACCAACAGUUGAAGCAAAAUAAUGAAAACCUUAAAUCCUUGAAUGACGUGCUGGAAGAUACAAUCAAAGAAUUCGACCAAAAGUUUGAAGAACUUGCGCGCGAUGAAGUUCCACUUGCGAUUGCAUACGGCAAGCGAUUGAAGGAGGAAUCAGAUCAGUAUCAGCUUAAGUUCAAGGAUACCGAAGAUGGGGCUGCGAAUGCAAUGAAAGCAAGCAUGGCCUACGAGAAUAUAAUCGGUGCCAUCAUUUCGGCACAAGAACUCGCCGACAAAGCUACGGACAGUGCGAAAACGGCAAACAACAAAGUAAACCCAUUGAGUGGCACUUCGCUUGUUGAAAGAAGCGAACAUUCGAUGAAUGUUUCGACAAGCAUUGAGAAGAAGGCCAACAAGGAAUUGGAGAAAGCUAACGAACUGAACGAUGUAAUGACUAUGAAGGAGAAAAAGGUAGAAAGUCUUCAGUAUCACCUCAGGCUGGCUGGAGUCGAGAACAAUAAGGUGAUGGAAGAACAGGCUGCAAUCAAUCGGGGAGACGCUAUGAACAAACUGCAGGUGACUCUGGAUCAGGCCAACAUCGUUUCCGGUCAGAUGAAAUUCGUCCGGGAGGAAGCCGUUACGUUGAACAGCGAUGUGUACAAGCUGAAAUUAAAGCUCGCCAAACUGGAACCCGAGUGGGAUACUAAAUUCGGAAUGGCGGAAGAAAAUGUUUCACAAUCGCUGGGAAACAUAUUGAACGCGAAGAAAGAGUUACAUGGAGUUGAAAAGCUGGCUAGAACUCAGAGUGAAAAGUUUCAGGCGUGGAAUGCGUCGUUCUCUGCUCAGUUGCAGGAGUUAAAAGAUAAAAUUGCCCGGGCAAAGCACGCAGCUGAAGGGAUCCGUGUAUCUCUGGAAUCUCAGGAUGGCUGCAUGCGAUCGUACACUCCGAUAUCCUACGGUCCAUCGACUACCAACCGCAUUUUGAUGUCAGUAGCGUUAAACUCCGAUAGUACCGAAUCACCACUUGUCUAUAUCCAGGGAGAAGAACGUCGAUUUAUUGCACUGGAAAUGUACCAACGAAAAAUUCGUCUAGUUUGGAAUUUAGGGGACGAGGAGGUGGUGAUCACACAUCCGACGGAAAUCAAACCACGCGAUCCCAAAUACGAUGACGCGUGGUACUUCAUUGAAGCGAAUCGAACCUUUAACCUAUGUAAUCUCAAUGUGCGUCGAAUGACUCACAGUGGUGUGCUGGUGCCUGCGAACGCCGUUUCGGGAGCGAGUAGUCCUGAAUUUUCGAAGCUAACAAUGGGUCCGAGCAGUAGAAUUUGGGUCGGGGGUGUUCCCGAUGAGUUAAGAACACCGGAGUUGCGGUCGAAGCAAGGUUUAGCAUUGGUGCUGAGUCAGCUGUACGUCGAUCAACGCCAGAUCGGAUUGUGGCAUUUUUCCUCAUCCAGUGGCAAUUGUGGAGGGGCUAUGUUGGGACCCCAGGAAAGCUUCAGCACUUCCAAUGAGCGACACUUCAAUGGUGACGGAUAUGCGGUGCUGCAGAAAUCUUCAAGCCAUAGAAGUAAGAACCAGUUUAGUUUGACCUUGAGCUUCAAAACACUGGAUGAAAAUGCGUUGAUUUUCUUAGCCCUGGAUGAAACCAAUAACCGUUCCAUUUCAUUGACCCUCUAUCAAGGGCGACUGGUUUUCCGAGUGGAUUAUGGAGGUGACUCCAAGCUGGAGAUUAAUACCACUAACCGGUACAACACCGGUCACUGGGUUGUCGUGGAGGCUGCUCGAUCCUUCUCCAAAGGUAGUACGGAGAACGGUAUACUAAAGGUAGACAAUAAAGAGGAGUUCCGCGGAGCUCCUACAAAGCCGAUCAACUCAGGAAUGUUGCCUAAUCUUGGAAACAGUUACUACUUAGGCGGUGUUCCACCUGGAUUCAAGUCAGGAACAACUAAAGCUCCUGGAGCCGAUCAUGCCUUUUUGGGUUGUUUGAAAGGAGUUCAAAUUACCGGGGUUUCGUAUGAUCCCUUGGAUAGCUCCAAACACUUUGGAAUAGAAGGAUCUUGUGUUGACACAAUCAGUAGAGCUGGAUUCUAUGGAAAUGGUUAUGUCGAAUUUCCGUCCCAUAGCUUGCGGAAACGAGCCAACUUUGGCUUUGUAUUCCGAACGCUGGAACCGAACUGCUCGUUGUUAUUGUCAGGUUUCCCGUCUAGUUUAUCCAAUGACUUUGAUUCCAAAGAUAUGCGUGGUAACUAUUCUGUGUUCCUCUAUGAAGGAAAAUUGAAUCUCUGGGUAGAUUCGGGUCCUGGCCGGAUAGAAAUUGUUUCUAAUAAUACCUUAAAUGACGGUGAGUAUCACGUGAUCAGUGUAAUCAAGCGAGGAAGGACGGUAGAGCUGAGGAUCGAUGAUGAUUUCCAAGGAUCGAAGGGACUACCGAAAGCCCAGGCAUUGGUCAAUAUGCCAGGAGAACCGGGCGGUCUGUUCUUAGGAGGCGUCCCGGAUGAUCCAGCAUUCGACAACCUGUCGAAAACGUUCGUCGGACUGAAAGGUGUCAUUGCCAACGUGGUAUUCAACAACCGAACAAUUUCGUUCGACCAAGCACUCAACUUCACCAAUGUACAAAUGGGUCGUUCGGGACCACCGAUGGGAUCGCACAUUCUCCACACUGCCUUGAUGAAAACUGAACCGAUAGGUCAUAGUUUCAAAACACCACCGGAGGGAUGCAACCGGGUUGGAAGCUACUCGUACGAACCCAACGCUUUCAAGUAUGGCGAUAAACCGCAAAGCCAUUCGAUUGUCAAUGUAGCAGCUCGUCAUAUAUGGCAGCGAAACUUCAACAUCCAGUUCGACUUCCGGACGUUCUAUCCCAAUGGACUGAUGUUUGUAGCACUGGGCUCAAAGGAAAAAGCGAAACAUUUCAUCACCUUGGCACUGCGGGAUGGUUCCCUGGCACUGACCAUCCGAGGCCGGAAACGAGAACAACUGUUGCUUCCAGUGAAGCUGAACGACGGUCAGUGGCAUCACGUAUCGUUGAACAGUGUCAAGAAGAAGGCUACGCUGAGUGUGCAGAUUGGAAACAGUCUCAGUUCGGCUCAGAUCAAACUACCAAAGAAACUGAAUGCAUCCAACAAUCUGUUCGUUGGUGGCAUUCCGGACGAAACGCUACUGCCAAAAGAGUUGCAGCCCAAACCGGAGGAGUUCAAGGGAUGCCUGAGGAAGUUCUCGGUGAAUAACAACACGCAGGAUUUGGCCCGCCCAGGGCGACACCUGAACGUGGGCCAAUGCUUUCCACGGAUUGAGCAGGGUUCCUAUUUUCCGGGUGAUGCGUAUGCUAUCUACAAACGCAAUUUCAAUGUCGGCACGUUCAUGGAUGUAGAUCUGGAGCUGCGAACAUCGGAAGUCAACGGAAUCCUGAUGAGUGUUGCAGAUUCGAUCAAUGGAUUCCCGGCAUUUUCGAUGGAAAUUUCAAAUGGAAAUGUCGUCUUGUCGAUUGACGUCGGUGACGGUUACCCGAUCCGAGUGCAGAGUACCCUUCCCUCGAAAUACACACUUUGCGACAACCGAUGGCACAACGUGUCCGCUCUCUACGAGGAUCAUCAGAUUGUGCUGCGGGUGGACAACUACCCUCCGAACACUCUUCUGGUACAAUCCAACGACGUACUGCGAAGGGUUGCCACUAAAGCACCACUUUAUAUUGGUGGAUUACCAGAUACCGCCCCAAGUGGAACCCUUUUGCUGCGAGAGAAUUUCAAAGGAUGUAUUCGCAACGUGGUGAUACGGAAUGAACGGAAGGACUGGACCGAUAUGGACAACCUGCAUAACGUUCUACUGAGCGAGUGCCUAGCUGUAAAUUGAUGACAGAAAAGUCUGCCCUAAGCUCCCAUCUGUAAAUAGUUAGAUACCAUUUUUGUUGCUUGUGAAUACGCUUAAACACAUCAGUGCAAACGAAGAUACAUGGUCCCAUUCUUCAAACACUGUUUGAGGCCUGGCGUACUACGACAAACCAAAUAAAUUAUUAUUAUUAUUAUUAUUAUAAUUUAAUUAUUACUAUUACUAUAAUUAUGUGUAUACAAAUAAGAUCUAAAGUUCCGAGAGGCUUUUCUCCGCUAUGUCGACUUGGGUCGCUUACUUGAAGAUGAUCUGGACAGCUGUCGGAUCAUAUUACAAACGGCCGCAAGGUAAUUGCUAUGCCUUGUCUUUUUGUGAGAAAUGAAUGUGCGUACAAACCACCGAUUCUAAGAAAAAAAAAAUAGUUUCAUUAAGAAAUAGAGCAAUAGCCAUAAAUUGCAUGUGUAUGUUAUAGAAUAUGUGCCUUCUGGAACGUGAAAAUUAUAUUCAAGUCACACUGUUGAAUAUCGUUAAGUAUUUAUUAUCCGACUAAUACAAACUACUGCCAAUGUAGUGAAAGACUGGAUGUUUCCGGUGUUAUUCCUAUAGAAUGCUAUUUAUGCGCGAUGUUACAGUAAGAUAAACGAUUCACAUACUGCCAUAUGAAUAGAUAAUAUAUGAUAUUUAAUAACACUAGACAAUUAUGUUAAUAUGUUCCAAUGGAUAAUCUAACAUUAACAGCAGAUGUAAAUUGUUCAUAUUCCAUACUUUUAUUUUAAGAAUGUUUUUUAUUCGACACAAACACCAGCCAUAAACCAGAAAUUUGAUGUUUUUGUGAAAUUAACUAAUGGAAAAUAAAUAAUCAACUAUUUAAGAAUUGA